AUGGCCUCGUCCUCUCUCUUCGCCGCGGCGCGCCGCCUGCUCAGCCUUGGCCGCCGCAGAGGGCUCCUCCCCAUCCCGCCCUCUCGCGCCGUUGCCUCCUCGUCUCGCAGCAACAGCGCCGAGGAGGGAACGCCGCCGGCGCGGCCGCCGACCCUGGGGUCCACGCUGUGGCUGCUGGGCAACCCGGGCACACUCCUUGUGCCGGAGAUUGAACUGUGGGCGGCGCGGCCUGGAAACCACCUCCGAGACGUCUCUGAGUGGAUGAAUCUCAAGGGUCACAUCAAAUUUCUGUCAAAGGAUCAUGCUGUUCACCUGGAUUUAAUCGGUCAUAUUCAUGGAGUUAGAGUAGCAGAGACCUACUUCAAUAACCUAUCUGACAAAGAUAAGACAGAGAAGCCCUAUGGUGCACUUCUCAACUGCUACGCACGAGAACUCUUGGUCGACAAAGCGUUGGCCCAUUUUCAGAAGAUGAAAGAGCUGGGUUUCGUGUUCACCGCACUCCCCUACAACAACCUCAUGAGCCUCUAUACCAACAUAGGGCAGCAUGAGAGGGUUCCUUUGGUGAUGGCAGAAAUGAAGAGCAAUGGGAUUGUUCCUGAUAAUUUUAGCUACAGAAUAUGCAUAAAUUCUUAUGGCACAAGAGCUGACUUUUUUGGGUUGGAGAACACCCUGGAGGAGAUGGAAUGUGAGCCUCAAAUUGUUGUUGACUGGAAUACCUAUGCUGUCGUGGCAAGCCAAUACAUUAAGGGUGACCUAAGGGAGAAGGCAUACUCUGCCUUACAGAAAGCAGAGGCAAAAAAGGGUAAAAAGGAUUUGGAUGCCUAUAGACACUUGAUUUCCCUGUAUGGCCACCUUGGGGACAAAUCAGAGGUCAAGAGGCUAUGGGUGCUGCAAAUGUCGAACUGUCAGAGGCAUCUUAACACGGACUACACCAACAUGUUUGCAGUGCUUGUGAAGCUUGAUGAGAUCGCGGAAGCCGAAGACUUGCUGAAAGAGUGGGAGUCCAGCAAAAAUGAAUUGGACUUCAAAGUUCCAAAUGUGCUGCUCAGAUGGUACUGCCGAAAGGGCUUGAUGGACAAGGCCGAGGCGCUGCUUGACGGCUUCUUGAUAAAGGGAAAGAUGCCUCCUUCAACCAGCUGGGAAAUUGUGGCAAGUGUCUAUACGGAGAAAGGUGAUGUUGCGAGAGCUUAUGAGCUGACCAAAAAUGCCCUCUAUAUGUACGCCCCUAAUUCUGGCUGGGUCCCUAGUCCUUCUAUGAUUGAGAUGAUACUUAAGUAUCUUGGAGAUGAAGGGGAGGUCAAGGACGUCGAAGCUUUCAUUGAUCUGCUGAAAGUUGCGGUGCCAAUGAACUCUGAUAUGACUGAGGCUUUGUCAAGGGCUCAUGCGAGAGAGAAGAAAAGAAAGCUGAAGAGGCAACGGAAGCUCGUCGUGAGGAUAUUAUUGCCUGACCUUGAUUGUCAGUGA